AUGUCAUCGCUAUUGUCAAAUAUUCUGAGCAUCCUAGAGGAGAGGGACAUUGCGCUUGGUCGAGACGACGUGGCUUGGGCAUUCGAGCGCCCAGAAACCAAAGAGUCUUUGACCGCGUGGGUAAAUGAAUACCUCACGCCAGAGACACUUUUGACCAAGGAUGAAUUGCAAUACGCGGAAAACCACAACGUCGAUACACUCACAUCGACAUCCAAGUGCCGAGCACCGUCGGAUCUCGAGAUUGAAGCGGCCUUGAGCUCACUUGAAGCCAGCACCGCUGCGAUCGAGAAGCAAUGCCGUGCUCUAGAAACACAAAAAUCAUUUCUAAAACAAUUAAGCACGGACAAACAAACCGCUUCGCCGGAGCCAGAUGAAAGUGUUCGAACUCUGCAACAGAAGAAAUUUACUAGAGAUCAAGCGCAGGCCAGUCUCGAAGCAGAUGAGCUGUCACAGGCAUUGAGUAGCAAGCUGCAAUCGGUAACAAAGCAAGUAGAGACGGCUAGCGGUAGAGCUUCAUCACAUGUGGAACGAAUCCUUGAGAAAGACGACCGAUUGCUUGGUGGUUUACAGAAGCUCGUCCCGCGACUAUCGACAUCUGUAGAGCCAGACGAUGCUGCAGAAGAAGUAGAAAAUUUGUGCUCUACUUUGGCCUCGUUUACUGUGAGAGAGAUCCAUGCCCGCCUGGAUGCGGCGUAUAAAAACACCAUCGCAAAGCACUCAGGACUGGGAAACGGAUCAAUGGAAGGUUCUCUUUCUGAGCAACAGAGUAGACAAAGAGAAACACUUCAGGCUGAGCUCGACGAGCUUGGAGGCGAAAUCGAAGGCCUUGUCACCAUCGCAAUCGACAACCAUUAUCGCAAACCGCUUAGGCAAAGCAUGUUCGCAGCUCAUACAGAGAAUCAAAAUCAAAAGGCUCAAUGGGGUGAAUACACCGUCAUGACCUUACAGUAUCUGGCCGCACGACUUGAGAUUCUGGACGAACAUGUGCAGCAGGUUCAAGGUCACAGUGCCGCUUUGCAGACCAUUACUGAUGCACUACGCGAGAUUACAAAGAGUGCACGACGGGAUACGGAAGGAGCUGGCGGCCCGGACAAGGCUAUGGCUAGAGGGCUCAAGCCAUUGCGUUUGGUGCAGGCCAACCUUUCGGAAAGCCAAGAUCCGACCUUUCAGCUUCUCCGUCAGCUUGACGUCCGAGUGAUGGAUGUGACCAGCGCUACGACCGUGUCCGAGGUCUUGGCUCCAACAUUGGACGAACGCCGAGAGAAGCUCGCAUUACUGAGCGGAAAUGUCGAAGAGACCAUUGCCGACACCGUUAUCCGAUCUUUGGCCAAGACCGAUGCUCACGUACAUGAUAUAUUGACUGCGGUGUACGCGCCAACGAAGUAUCGCAGUAUUCAGUUGGUGGAUGGUACGCUCCAGUCGGCGUUGGAUCAAUUCGAGAUGGAGACGGAAACCGUGGGCAAUGUGAUGCGGGAGCUCAAUUUCGACACCAUCACCCACACGGUCAAGACGAAGCAGGCCAACUUGAUCGCGCAGCUCACUUGA